UCUGUCGGCUAUCUCAGCCUUUUCACACACUCUCAACUAACUCUGUGUUACAUUGCCAUUACCGGGCAAUGUUUUAAGGGCUUAUUUCGGUCAGGGAAGGAUUGGAUCUACCAAACCUAACUCUACACUAUUCACCUACACAGAAAACAGCAGACUUGAUCAGUUCACUUCCUGCGACACGUGAUCUUUCACUAUCCCACUGGUUACGGCCCCUAGAGUGAAAAAACUGUGAUUUUGGCCUCAAUCGUGAAGAUCCAUCCAUCUGUCCAGCACUUCUCUCCAUUCCUGCCCUCCCCCUCUUCCCCCCUCAUCCUGCACAGCUCAUGACAUCAGUGCAGCCAACAUGGCAUUCUCAUCGCGCUUUUCCUUCUGGGAGCAAAAGGUCAAAGAAGAGGUCAGACCACCAGGCUCCAAGACCUCAAACCAGGGUUCAGACAGCGACAGUGGCAGUAUGAGUAUCCGCUCCCAGUCCGUGCCUAGUCUGGAGCCUGGCAGGGGCCUACUCUGCAGUAUAAGCCCUGAGCCGGCCAAGACACUGCCCGGGGUCAGGGUCAGGAGUCCCUCGCCACCCAGGGUACGCAGGGAUGUAAAGGUCCCUGAACGCUUCAAAAGUCCAGUGCCUCCGAUCCAGAUGCCAGCACAACGCUUCAGGAGCCCUGGCCCACUCAGAGCUUCCAUGAUUAGCCCUGAGCCUGUGCUGAACGGGAACAGCAAGCCCAACGGUUCUGUUAAUGGAAGUGCCGUCAAUGGAAGCUCUGCCAACGGCAGUGCCAACCAGCCAGACCUGGACAACGAUGAUCAGAGCCUUACCCGCAAGAAGGUAGUGAAGGUGGUACGUCGAGUGGUGACGAAGGUACUACCUGCAGAAGAGGAGUAUGCUCCAGCUCCUGAGCCUACCAAACCUGCCCCUGAACCUCCUAAAUUGGUGCUAUCGCAAGUGCUAAGAUCUGUGCCCAAGGUCCCAAAGGUUCCACUGUUCUCUUUCAAGCACGACACCAUCAAGACAGAGGAGAAGGACAAUAUAUCAGCUGGGCUGGCCAGCCUCAUGGUCCGCGGGAGGACCAGGGACCGCCCUCGCACACGCAAAGAUGGGCCACCUGAAAAGAAACAGGAGGAAGCGGUGAAAAGAGAGGAAAAAGAAAGUCCAAAGUUGGUUGAUAUAAAAUCUAGCCCUAAAGUCGGCCCAGUUUCAAAACUGGAAGAUAAGACUCCCGUGUUGGCGGUACCUGCCAAAGUUCCUCCUACUGCUUCUACUUUGACCUUGGUUCCCUCCAAGUCUGCACCCGCAGGCUUCAUCCCUGCCUCAAAGCCUUCCUCGCUCUCCCCUCCCGCAGGUUUCAUUCCACCACCAAAAUCAGCCUCCCUUAGCCCACCUGAUGGGUUUGUACCAGCACCAAAAUCAGCCCCCCUUUGCCCACCAAAUGGGUUUGUACCAGCACCAAAAUCUACCCCUCUUUCCCCUUCAGCAGGGUUUUCACCAGCACCAAAAUACACUGCUGUUACUCCUUCAGUUAUCACUGUAGCUCCCAAAUCCUCUCCAGCCAUUCACCCGCCAUGUUUCAUCCCACCACUAAAAUCGACCCAUAUGUCCUCACCUGCCGGGUUCAUACCAGUCCCAAAAUAUAUACCCCUUUCCCCAUCUGCUGGUUUUGUCCCCUCUUAUAAAUCCUCCCCUGUCACUCCCCCUUCAGCAUCCGUUCCCACCUCCAAGUCCUCUUCCAGUACUUCCGCUGCAGGGUUCGUCCCAGACCCCAAGGCCUCGCAUCUCUGCCCUAACCCUUCCAAGUCCUCGGCUCUCUCCCCUCCUCCUGCAGUCAUCACUCCCAAGGCGAGUACCCUCUCUCCACCACCUGAGUUCAUCCCGCCCCCCAGACAGCCAACCGUGAAGAAGCCUGAGGAGGUGCCACUCAGUCCCACUGAAGAGGCUCAUAGACGCCUGGAGAGGAUCUUCACUGCGCCUCUGGAGCCGGUGGUUCGUGCCUCAGCUCCGCUCCUAUCUCCGGCCCCAACCCUCCCUCAGGGACAGGUGGACGAGGACCCCGUGGCCAUCCUUCAGGCGUCUCACGCCGCUGCCCAACAACCCAAGGUGAAGACAGAGGAGCAGAUAGCCACAGAGCAGGCAUGGUACGGCUCAGAGAAGGUCUGGCUGGUCCACAAGGAUGGCUUCUCCCUGGCGACACUGCUGAAGACUGAGGCGGGCUCCCUGCCGGAGGGGAAGGUGAAGAUCAAACUGGAACAUGACGGGACAAUCCUGGACGUAGAUGAGGAUGACGUGGAGAAGGCGAACCCCCCGUCGUUUGACCGCUCUGAGGAUCUGGCCUCGCUGCAGUACCUGAAUGAGUCCAGUGUGAUGCACUCCCUGCGGCAGCGUUACGGGGGAAACCUCAUCCACACACACGCCGGGCCCAACAUGGUCAUCAUCAAUCCCCUCAGCGCUCCCUCCAUGUACUCAGAGAAGGUGAUGCACAUGUUUAAGGGGUGCAGGCGAGAGGACACGGCACCUCACAUCUACGCGGUGGCUCAGUCGGCCUACAGGAACCUGUUGACCACGCGUCAGGACCAGUCCAUCGUGCUGCUGGGGAAGAGUGGCAGCGGCAAGACCACCAACUGUCAACACCUGGUCCAGUACCUGGUCUCCAUCGCUGGCAGCACCGGAAAGAUCUUCUCUGGAGAGAAGUGGCAGGCAGUAUACACCAUCUUGGAAGCAUUUGGGAACAGCUCCACCUCCAUGAACACCAACGCCAGCCGCUUCUCUCAGAUUGUCUCUCUGGACUUCGACCAGGCUGGCCAGGUGGCCUCCGCAUCCAUACAGACCAUGCUGCUUGAGAAGCUGAGAGUGACCAAACGGCCGGAGACUGAGUCCACCUUCAACGUCUUCUACUACAUGAUGUCCGGAGCUGACAGCACUCUCAGAACGGAGCUGCACUUUAACCACUUUGCAGAGAACAGCGCGUUUGGAAUUGUGCCUCAGUCUAAACCGGAGGACAAACAGAAGUCAUCUCAGCAGUUCACCAAGCUGCAGGCAGCCAUGAAGGUGCUGGGCAUCUCAGUGGAGGAGCAGAGGGCUCUGUGGCUCAUCCUGGGGGCCAUCUACCACCUGGGGGCAGCAGGGGCCACCAAAGAGGCUGGCGAAGCUGGCCGUAAGCAGUUUGCACGUCAUGAGUGGGCCCAGAAGGCAGCCUACCUGCUGGGCUGCACCCUGGAGGAGCUCUCCUCUUCCAUCUUUAAGCACCAGGCCAAGGGGCCCAUGCAGAGGUCCACCUCCUUCCGUGGGGGGCCCGACGAGGUCGGCGCAGGAGACAGCUCAGGCUCUAAGAUCACAGCCCUGGAUUGUUUGGAGGCCAUGGCUUCAGGCCUGUACUCAGAGCUCUUCACCCUCGUUAUCUCCCUUGUCAACAGAGCUCUGAAGUCCAGUCAGCACUCACUGUGCUCUCUGCUCAUCGUGGACACACCGGGUUUCCAAAACCCUCGCAUGGCCAAGCGGCAGCGUGGUGCUACCUUCGAGGAGCUGUGCCACAACUACGCCCAGGAGCGCCUGCAGACCCUGUUCCACGAACGCACCUUUGUACAGGAGCUGGAGAGAUAUAAGGAGGAAAACAUAGAGCUUGCAUUAGAUGACAUAGAGUCCAGUACCUCAAUGUCUGUAGCAGCUAUAGACCAAGCAUCUACUCAAGCGCUGGUGCGCACCCUGGCGAGGACAGAUGAGGCUCGAGGUCUGCUGUGGCUGAUGGAGGAGGAGGCUGUGCAGCCAGGGGGCUCUGAGGACACUCUGCUGGAGAGACUCUUCAGUUACUACGGCCCUGACCAGGGGGACAACAAAGGACAUGCCCUGCUCCUGAAGAGCGACAAGCCGCAUCACUUCCUGUUGGGCCACAGCCACGGGACGGACUGGGUGGAGUACGAUGCUCAGGGUUGGCUGAACCACGCCAAGCAGAACCCCGCCUCCCAGAAUGCUGCCACUCUGCUGCAGGACUCACAGAAGAAGAACAUCAGCAGUCUGUUCUCUAGUCGUAGUGGAGGGCCCACAGUGCUGUCUGGCUCUAUCGCAGGGUUGGAGGGGGGAUCUCAGCUGGCCCUCCGCAGAGCCACUAGCAUGAGGAAGACCUUCACAACCGGCAUGGCUGCCGUGAAGAAGAAGAGCCUCUGCAUCCAGAUCAAACUGCAAGUGGAUGCUCUGCUGGACACAGUGCGCAGGUCCAGAGUUCACUUUGUCCACUGCCUACUGCCCAAGGCAGAUGCGGUGGGGGUGGGUGGGGAACCGCGCGUGGCCCACGGAGAAAGCUGCGACUCAGGCCUCAUGCAGCUGGAUGUGGGUCUUCUGAGGGCUCAGCUCCGUGGAUCGAAGAUUAUUGACGCGCUGCGCAUCUACAGGCAAGGUUACCCUGAUCACAUGGUGUUCUCUGAAUUCCGUCGCCGAUUCGAUGUGUUGGCACCCCACCUGACCAAAAAGCACGGGCGCCACUACAUCGUCACAGACGAGAAGCGGGCUGUGGAGGAGCUGUUGGAGUCUCUGGACUUGGAGAAGAGCAGUUACCACAUGGGCCUGAGCAGGGUGUUCUUCAGAGCUGGGACCCUGGCCAAACUGGAGGAGCAGAGGGACGUCCAGACCAGACGCAACAUCACCAUGUUCCAGGCCGCCUGCAGAGGAUACCUGGCCAGACAGGCCUUCAAGAAGAGGAAGAUCCAGGACCUGGCUAUCCGCUGCAUCCAGAAGAACAUCAAGAAGAACAAGGGCGUGAAGGGCUGGGCCUGGUGGAAGGUGUUCACCACAGUACGCCCCCUUAUAGAGGUCCAGCUCACAGAGGAGCAGAUACGUGGCAAAGAUGAGGAGAUCCAGCAGCUGAAAGGGAGGCUGGAGAAGGUGGAGAAGGAGAGGAACGAGCUGAGACUCAACAGUGACCGCCUGGAGAGCCGGAUCACAGAGCUGUCGUCGGAGCUGGCAGACGAGAGGAACACAGGAGAGUCGGCCUCUCAGCUGCUGGAGUCUGAGACCUCAGAGAGACUGAGACUGGAGAAAGACAUGAAGGACCUGCAGACUAAGUUUGACUCGAUGAAGAAGUCUAUGGACUCUAUGGAGAUGGAGGUGAUGGAGACCAGACUCCUCAGAGCCUCCGAGCUCAACGGAGAGAUGGACGACGACGACACAGGGGGAGAGUGGAGACUGAAGUAUGAGAGAGCCAUCAGAGAGAUCGAGUUCACCAAGAAGAGGCUCCAGCAGGAGUUUGAUGACAAGCUGGAGAUUGAGCAGCAAAACAAACGACAGCUGGAGAGGAGGCUAAGUGACCUCCAGGCAGACAGUGAAGAGGUGCAGCGUACGGCCCAGCAGCUGAAGAAGAAGUGUCAGAGAUUGACGGCUGAGCUACAGGACACCAAGCUGCACCUGGAAGGCCAGCAGAGCCGCAACCAUGACCUGGAGAAGAAACAGAGGAAGUUUGACUCCGAGCAGAACCUGUCUCAGGAGGAGGUCCAGAGGGAGAAGAAUAUUAGAGAGAUGCUGAGCAGAGAGAAGGACAUGCUGACUGGAGAGGUGUUUAGCCUACGACAGCAACUGCAGGACAAGGACCUGGAGAUGUGUGCGCAGAAUGUGAAGUUAGAACAGCUGGAGGCGGAGCUGCUGGACCUGUCGUCCCAGGAGACCAAGGAUGAGGCUUCGCUGUCCAAAGUGAAGAAGACGAUGCGUGACCUGGAGGCCAAGGUCAAAGACCAGGAAGAGGAGCUGGAUGAACAGGCCGGAACUAUACAGAUGCUGGAGCAGGCUAAGCUGCGUCUGGAGAUGGAGACAGAGAGACUGCGCCAGACACACUCCAAGGAGAUUGAAAGUAAAGAUGAGGAGGUGGAGGAGAUCAGACAGUCCUGCAGUAAGAAGCUGAAGCAGAUAGAAGUCCAGCUGGAGGAGGAGUAUAAUGACAAACAGAAGGUCCUACGUGAGAGGAGAGAACUGGAGACCAAGCUGCUGUCUGCCCAGGACCAGGUGAACCCCAGAGACGUGGAGACAGAGAAGAGGCUGAGGAAGGAUCUGAAGCGCACCAAGGCCCUGCUGGCCGACGCCCAGAUCAUGCUGGACCACAUGAAGAACAACGCCCCCAGCAAGAGAGAGAUUGCUCAGCUCAAAAACCAGCUGGAGGAGUCAGAGUUCACUUGCGCGGCAGCAGUGAAGGCCCGUAAAUCUAUGGAGGUGGAGAUUGAGGACUUGCAUGUGCAGAUGGACGACAUCUCCAAAGCCAAACAGGCUCUGGAGGAGCAGUUGAGCAGGCUGCAGAGAGAGAAGAAUGAUCUGCAGUCUCGUAUGGAGGAGGACCAGGAGGAUAUGAACGAGCUCAUGAAGAAGCACAAGUCAGCUGUCUCCCAGUCAACUCAGAACCUAGCCCAGAUCUCUGACCUACAAGCCCAGCUGGAGGAGGCCCUCAAGCAGAAGCAGGAUGUCCAGGAGAAGCUCUCGGCACUGCAAAGCCAGCUGGAGUUCCAGGAGACUUCUAUGGUGGAGAAGUCUCUGGUCAGCAGGCAGGAGGCCAAGAUCCGAGAGAUGGAGACCAAGAUGGAAUUUGAGAAGACGCAGGUCAAACGCUUGGAGAGCCUGGUGGCCCGUCUGAAGGAGAACCUUGAGAAGCUAACAGAGGAGCGGGAUCACCGCAGCACCAGCGAGACCCGGGAGAAGGAGCAGAACAAGCGGCUCCAGAGACAGAUCAGAGAUAUCAAGGAGGAGAUGGGAGAACUGGCCAAGAAGGAGGGAGAGGCCAGCCGCAAGAAACAUGAGCUGGAAAUGGAUAUUGAAAGCUUGGAGGCAGCCAAUCAGAGCCUGCAGGCGGACCUUAAACUAGCCUUCAAGAGGAUUGGUGACCUCCAGGCUGCCAUCGAAGAUGAGAUGGAGAGUGAUGACAACGAGGACCUCAUCAACAGUUUACAAGACAUGGUGACAAAGUAUCAGAAAAGAAGGAAUAAAACUGAGGGAGACUCAUCUGACUCGGAGGUGGAAGACCGUGUGGACGGGGUCAAGUCCUGGCUGUCCAAAAACAAAGGCUCGACCAAGAACCUCUCAGAUGACGGCAGCCUCAAGAGCGCCAGUCCUCCUAGCCGAAGACGGUUCUGCUUUGACAAAUCUGACGAAGAAGAGGAAGGAAAAAAAGAAGGUGGUGUGUCCCGAGGGUCCUACCGCUCCAGAAACACACAGGGCAGCUACCUGAACAACAGUGACAGCGAAGACAAGCCCUCUGAGACAACAUAGUUCACACACCAGCCAACAAACCCUGCAUGUUGAGAGGGCCCCUGUGGUGCUGUCAUCACACACAACCACUCUACUGUUCUUCUAACUCUGCAACAUGGCAAUGAUACUAUACACUAUCAUUAUUAUUCUACUGUUACAAAGCAGCUUGCAUUGCUACGGUCUAGAGAAGUACGUCAGUGUACAGUACACAACACUAAUGGUUUCUCUCACUCUCCACUGGGCCAACCAUCUCUUAGUGUAUUUCACCAGUCACGUGUGACAAUGUCUCCAUCUUAGAUCUGGCCCCUCCAGUUGAACUGCACCUCCAUGAAUAAUGUCUUGUCUCUCCUGUCUCUGCUGGCUGCAUGAGGACAGCUGCUGCUUGGCUGGUGCCAUCGUCUCCUACUCCCUAGACUCUGUCAUCGUCAUCAUGGUUGUAACUGAGCCAAAGAACUAGCUAUGUUCCCAGCUAUGUUCCCGUGUGGUUUAUCACUGCAUCAGGGGAAAAAGAAUCUAACAAAAAAAGACAGAGGAAAUAAGUACCAAAAAAGCCUUUGUUGCAAGUAGGUGUGUACACUGUGUUAUUGCUUAUCAAGUAUAUGUGUACACUGUGUUAUUGCUUAUCAAGUAUAUGUGUACACUGUGUUAUUGCUUAUCAAGUAUAUGUGUACACUGUGUUAUUGCUUAUCAAGUAGAUGUGUACACUGUGUUAUUGCUUAUCAAGUAGAUGUGUACACUGUGUUAUUGCUUACCAAGUAGAUGUGUACACUGUGUUAUUGCUUAUCAAGUAUAUGUGUACACUGUGUUAUUGCUUAUCUGAGUCCUGGUAAAAAGACCAGAGUUUAUUUUUGGGAGAAGUGCCGCUGAUAUACAGUACAUAGGGUCCUCUACAGCUGUGCUUAGAUUCUGGCUGCAGCGCCGCGCCACCCCCCUGAAAGAAGACGCUUUCAUCGGCUCAUCUGCUUGUUUUGUAUUGCUUGUUUUAGCAGGAGAAUAAUGUUCCUAACAGGAAGACAACAGAAGAGAGCUGCAGCACCAAACUGCUUUGUGAUGCAAGUUUAGCCCUUCUCUUCUUUUUUCCAUCUUUUUGUUUUGAUGUUUGAAAGAAGAUCAUUUGUUUUCGAGAGUCCUGCCAUCAAGAAAAUGAAUUUCCAGGAGGUUGGAGCGUAGCAUACCCCAUGAAAUGCCUUGCCUUUUAUUUCAACUUGAAUUGAACUAAGUACUUUGCAGAAAUGCUUUUGGGGUGAGAGUCUUUGGCUCAGCUGUUUUUCUUUCUUCUCUCUGUCGUUGUGGUUGUUGUUGUUCUCGUGCUUUUCACUCAUUUUCUCUCCAUUUGAUGUUUGCUUUCCAAAGGGAACGAUAUUGAACACCAUGCUUUAUGGUGGUUUGCCUUUAGUUUAUAUAUACUUCAACACCCACAUGUUUUCUUUUUCUGAUAAACCAUACUGGAUUACACAUGGUGAGGAUUUGGGUUCCUCAACACGCAUGUUCACUGUGUUGCAUCACCACUCUGUAAACUGGAUAUAAUGCAUUCAAAUCCUUGUCAGUGUCUCUGAAGCCUAUUUGUCAUGUAGGAUUCAUCAGUAUUCUGUCCUGAACCAAUGCUACUGUUCAUAACAGAGGAGCAGUUUAACCAGGAAGAUAUUAAAGACCCAUGCUUUUACGGUUGCUUGGUGUUACAUUGAACCCUUCGGCUAUCUCUUUAGUAUUUAUGAAUUAGCAUUAAUGAAUUGAGCAGGCCUGCCAACGUGUGUAUUAUCCACCUGUACAUGGCAAGUGGGGCUGAAAGGAUUUUGUUGAUACUCUGCGUGAAGGGAGAAGUUUGGUGCGUUUGUAUUAUACAUGCUUUUUAAAGACACACUUUUCACCUUUUUCCUCAAUGCCAGGGUUUCCCCAACUCGGUCUUGGGGCCUGCAGGGUGCACGUUUUGGUUUUUGCCCUAGCGCUACACAGCUGAUUCAAAUAAUCAAAGUUUGAUGAUGAGUUGGUUAUUUGAAUCAGCUGUGU